CAGGAAGCUGUCGUUGGGAGUGAAGAAGAAAGAAAGCGCCAUGGCGGCUAAGCCGCUCAUUUUGGCGCAUGUGGUGUCUGAUAAUUUCAAGUCGAUUAAGACUAAGGAGAAAUUGUAUGAUGUCAAUAGGAGAAUGCUUGAGGAAAAUAUGGAUGAAGCGUGUGCAAGUGAAAUGAUUGCUGAGGGUGCUGCUAUUGAAUGUACCGUUGGGAGUAUUGGAAGUGUUGGUGCGAGCUGCGACAAGAUAUUGGAAAGCAAUGUUGCUAGUGGUAUGAGUGGUGAGAUGUGUGCUGGUGUGAGUGCUGCGACUGGAAGUAGAAGGAAGGAUGCCGCUAAAACAGGUAACGGGGUAUCUAGAGGACGGGAGGGGGAAGAUGAUAUGCAGAAUAAGAGAAGAAGAACAGAGGAGAAUGUGAUAAUUACUUAUAAUGAGGGGCAUGUUGGUGACUUUGCUGUCCUUGUCGAUACAUCAAAGUCUGAUGAAAUUAGAAAUACGAGAAGAAGAAAUGGUUUAUAUCUCAUAAGCACCCUCGACGUACAACAAUCUUGACGAUAGACUCAACCACUUUCAACACUUCUUGACGAAAAAGGAGCAUAUAAUUGGAAUUAAUACGAGCUUUUUGGAGGAUCUAGCACCUACAUCACUUUGUGAUAUCGUUUAAGUUUGGCAGUGUGGACGGCUGCUCCUGGAUAUAACCUGGCAUAUGUGAGACUUGUCUCCGCCAUUCUUUCUGAAAGUCCAAAAAAAAAAAAA